GGGUCCUGGGCGAGCGGGCGCCGUGCGCGUGUCCCGCGGUCGAGCUGCUAAUAAAGUUGCACUGAGGGGAAGCGCAGCGACGGCGCCGGGAGAGCGCGCCCAGGCCGCCCGGGACUGCUGUUAUUACGUGGAGUUUGGAGCCUAAGCUUUGAAAACUCCCAUGUGGCGCCUGUCUAAAGUCGGAGCAUGCUCAGUAGCCAAAACAGAUUUUGGUUGCAAAAAGAACUGGGGCGAGGAUAGUCGGGUAUUUGGACGUUUGCCCGCUUCCUAACAGAAUGUUCCAAUUCUGGUUUUGAUGGCACUGGAGAAUGGAGCUGUAGGCCAGCCUGGAGGACUUGAACCAAUGAAAGAAGCUUAUGGCACUUAUGAAGAUAAAUGUCACUCCCUUUUUAGUUGGAACUUCUGCUUAGGACCUGUAUGUAUGUGACUCUUCACCUGUGAUCUGUUCUUUCAGUAGCCACUGACUUUGAGUUGCAAGAAGGUCUCUGAAGAUUUAUGUCAAAUGACGUCAAUGGCGAGCUUGUUUUCUUUUACUAGUCCAGCAGUAAAGCGAUUGUUGGGCUGGAAGCAAGGUGAUGAAGAGGAGAAAUGGGCAGAAAAAGCAGUCGAUGCUUUGGUGAAAAAGCUAAAAAAGAAAAAGGGUGCCAUGGAGGAACUGGAGAAAGCCUUGAGCAGUCCAGGACAGCCGAGCAAAUGUGUUACUAUUCCCAGAUCUUUAGAUGGACGCCUGCAGGUUUCUCACAGAAAAGGCUUACCCCAUGUUAUAUAUUGUCGUGUUUGGCGCUGGCCUGAUUUGCAGAGUCAUCACGAGCUAAAGCCAUUGGAUAUUUGCGAAUUUCCUUUUGGAUCGAAGCAAAAAGAAGUUUGUAUCAACCCAUACCACUAUAAGAGAGUAGAGAGUCCAGUCUUACCUCCGGUGUUAGUGCCUCGUCAUAAUGAAUUCAAUCCACAGCACAGCCUUCUGGUUCAGUUUAGAAACCUGAGCCACAAUGAACCACACAUGCCACAAAAUGCAACGUUUCCAGAUUCUUUCCACCAGCCCAACAACACUCCUUUCCCCUUAUCUCCGAAUAGCCCCUACCCCCCUUCCCCUGCUAGCAGCACGUAUCCCAACUCCCCAGCAAGUUCUGGACCAGGAAGUCCAUUUCAGCUCCCAGCUGAUACUCCUCCUCCUGCCUAUAUGCCACCAGAUGAUCAGAUGGGUCAAGAUAAUUCCCAGCCCAUGGAUACAAGCAAUAAUAUGAUUCCUCAGAUUAUGCCCAGUAUAUCCAGUAGAGAUGUUCAGCCUGUUGCCUAUGAAGAGCCCAAACAUUGGUGUUCAAUUGUCUACUAUGAAUUAAACAAUCGUGUUGGGGAAGCUUUUCAUGCAUCUUCUACUAGUGUGUUAGUAGAUGGAUUCACAGACCCUUCAAAUAACAAAAGUAGAUUCUGCUUGGGGUUGUUGUCAAAUGUUAAUCGUAAUUCGACAAUUGAAAACACCAGGCGACAUAUUGGAAAAGGUGUUCAUCUGUACUAUGUUGGCGGAGAGGUGUAUGCAGAGUGCCUCAGUGACAGCAGCAUAUUUGUACAGAGUAGGAACUGCAACUUUCAUCACGGCUUCCAUCCUACCACUGUGUGUAAGAUUCCCAGCAGCUGCAGCCUCAAAAUUUUUAACAAUCAAGAAUUUGCUCAGCUUCUGGCUCAGUCUGUCAACCAUGGGUUUGAGGCAGUAUAUGAGCUCACCAAAAUGUGUACCAUUCGAAUGAGUUUUGUCAAGGGCUGGGGAGCAGAAUAUCACCGGCAGGAUGUUACCAGCACCCCCUGUUGGAUUGAGAUUCAUCUUCAUGGGCCUCUUCAGUGGCUGGAUAAAGUCCUCACUCAGAUGGGCUCCCCUCUGAACCCCAUAUCUUCUGUUUCAUAGUGCAGAAGUAUUCUUUUCAAUUAUAUUACUAGUGGACUUGUUUUAAUUUUAGAGAAACUUUCAGUACAGAUACUGUGAGCUUACAUGGAAAACAGAUAUUACAGCUUAUUUUUUUUCUACAUAAUUGUGACCAAUACAUUUGUAUCUUGUGAUGAAUCUACAUUUGUUUGUAUUCUUGUUCAUGUGAUUAACUCUCAAAAGUGUUGUGAACGAUGCAGAGUAAGUAUGACGCCCCAGUUCAAAAGUUUGGCAUUGAUUUUAAACUGGAACAUAGUUGGCCUUGUUGUCCCAGCAGUUUUCUUAUUUGUUAAAUUUUUUUGAAAAAGUGAUGCAUCGCAUGAUGAAGAAUUAUAAUAAUGUCAGAGGAUACACCGUGAAAAGGCUUCCUUCUGCUCUUGGUCCUCCAGAAGCUGUGCUUUUACCAGUUUCUUUGUCCCACCAACUUUAAAAAAGUGUAAUUCGUUGUUUUGUAAAAGCGUAUGCUAGGGGCUUAAAAGAAACUAUAAAAAAAUAUGUUUUAUUUGAAGGAACACUAUGCACUGCUCUAACAAGUAGUGUUCAGUAAAAGCAAAGUGAUAGUUUUCUAGGUGACGUCAUAAAAUUUACAUUUAAUACAGCUAAAUGUUUGUCAGUGUAUUGUGACUUUACUCAUUAUAUCUUUUGUAAAACAUUUCCUUUUUUAAAAAAAAAUUACUGCAAACAUCGGCUCUCCAGUAGAUGUCAUUUACUUAGAAUCUGUCAUCAGUGCUACUCUAUAGCUAGUGGCAGUGCGUGCACGGCCUUGUUCAGCUCGGUUUGCUGCUUUUGGCCAGUGUUGCAGGAACUCUAAUUUUGGCAUGCAUUAAUCUUUUAUUUUGCACUUUGAUGGGUGACAGUUUUUAGUAUAACCUUUUGUGAAACACACUCAAGUGACUUGGACUUAGAUGCUCAUCCUUACUUGGUACCCCUUUUGUAUUAACAAACACUGCAAUUUAUAGAUUACAGUUGUAGGAAGUUAUGCUUUUUCUAGCUUUUGUUGUAUUUUCAACCUAGGUUAUAAGACUUAUUCUGUAGCUCCAACUUAAGGUGCCUUUUUAAUUCCCUACAGUUUUAUGGAUGUUAUUGAUGUUGGAAAAUCAUGUACUUAAUCCCGUUGCUCUUACUUUCAUCAGUCUCCCCAUACAGGGACCUGUGUACUGUAGCCGUAGGAGCCUCUUAGUCUGGCCCCAAGGAUGAGGCUGCUGGUCUGAUACUUAAAUGAAUCAGUGGUUGUUAAGAUAGCUGAUUUUAAACAUUCACAUAUUAAAGAAUGCAGACUGUUCUCUCAGUUACCGUGCAUGCUCUGUCUCCAUUUUUUUUUUUUUUUAGCACCUAAAUGGAUGCUAGUCUCCCAAAACACAGUCCUCAGAGAGGAAAGGCAUGAAAACUCUAAAAUAUCCAUUUAAUCAGUUAUGCUUAAAGGCUUUGGGUAAAGGACUCCUAACCCCUUUUUGUAGGGAGCAGUCAAAUGGACAUUUAGUAUGGCAUGAGAGCAAAGACAUUAUUUUGAGAAAAAUGACCUAAUUUACCUAUCAGAAGCAGCCUAUUUUCUGGUGCCUUUUGAAAGUAUAUGGAGCCUUGUCAAUCUUCUGUUUAAAGUGUUAGUUUGGCUUGACUUUCUACUUUGCCCUUUCUGCUUUUAUGAGGAAAAAAUGCAUUUUUUUGAGGAGAGGAGAAUGCUGUUCCUUUUGUUUUUGUGACAUAAUUUAUUGCUUUUACAAAGUGCAGCCAGUGGGUGGUUCUCCUUCUUUCAGAUGGAGCGGUGUAUGUGUUUGAGCUCACAGUCCUUGGCUGGGUGAAAGGAAACUUGCUGACGGUCACCUGAGCCUUAAACAUAAGUUUUACAUGAUGUGUUCUCAGUCUUCCAGAAUUGUGUCAGCCUUGUGAAAGAGGAUUAUUUGCUUACUGAUAGAACUUAGAUAUUUACAUCAUUCUUUUACUUACUAGGUUCAUGGUACAAUCUUUGGAACAGAUUUGUGGAAAAAACCACACAGGUUGAAUGACAGAUAUGUGUCAUCAACUCAGUGGGCUUGAACUGGUGGAAACCAUUGAAUUGUUUUAUUGACACUUUCAAUUGAGUUAAUUAAAAAUUGUUUUUAUUCAUGCUACAGCCUUCAGAGUUAGCGGGAUUUUGUGUGAUUGGCCUUUUCUGUGUUUUCUCUAAGGAGCUAUCGCUCGUGAAUGGCAGUACUGAAGCUGUUAACUGUUAAGAGUCUCAUGGAGAAGUAUAAGCCUGUUGUGUUUCCUAAAAGUUGUUAACUCCACACCCCUGGAUUUUAAAUGAAAACUUUAUUCAGUCUAGCUGCUUCUGUAAUUCCUGAGGAUGCCCAAUAUCCAUGGCUGGGAAAUAAAAAUUGCCAGUAAGGUAAAAACAAGAAAAAACUAAGUAAAAUUCUGACUAAUGAAAAGAAAGCACCUCUGAAAGAAACUAUUUCAGAAAAUUAUGGUUUUAAGUUUCUAUUUAAUCUCCUGAAUGGUUUAUAGUCAAAUUUAUGAAAACAUCAACACCACUAGAGUAAUCAUGUUUUUAGCAUGUACAACGUAUUAAUAUAUACCAGCUGGAAAGACAGAAUCUGGGAAUAAUAAAAUUACAGCCACUUUGAUAAAUGCAGAAGUAGGAAUAGGAUAAAAAUUAAUGUCAGUAAUGAAUAAAGGACAAAAAGAUGUUGAUUGGGGGGAAAAACCAGAAUUUGAGGUGCAUUUGACUAACAUCUCUACAUAAUAGAUAUUACAGUCUGGUUGGUAUUGCCUGGCUUAAGCUAUGGAAUGUAAAGUAGCAGGCAUGUUAUUGAUCAACUGAAGCCAGCAUUGUUUCCUUAGGGAAAAUAUGAGUAAGAUCUCAAUCAAAAUGUCAAAUAUAUAUACCAAUAUAUAUCAUUUUCCACAUUUUAUUGCUGUAUAAGAAAACUGUGUUAAUAGAAUUGGCUGGGUUUCUGAGGCGAAAUCCACGAUAAGAUUACUAGAUAGUUCAAUAAGCUACACUAAUAGUACAAAAGGAGGAUGUAGCUGUUGUAUACUUUCCAUAACAUUUGAGAGUAAGACAUCCUUUUAGGAUGUAAAAUGAUGAAUAAGUAUUCAGAUCUGAAAUCUGUUGUAAAGAUAAGAACUGGGGCUCCCGUUAUGCAAACUUUGGUAAUACCUGAAAGUGCCUGUGGGAAACCAUUCCCCUGUAACAGUGUUCUGUGCAAGGGGUAAGUUUAUACAAAAAAUAAGAUCCUCCCAAUAGCAGAGAAGCUCUACAAAGUUUGCUAGUACCUGUUUAAGUGCUGUGCUUCUAGUGCAGAGAGCAUCUGAUGUACCAGUUGGUAUCUAUUUCUUUAUACUUUUUCUAGUUGUUUGCUUAAUAUUGCUUUGGGUCAUUAUGACUUUCCCACUUAAAAUAAUAUAUUAAUACCUCGUGUACUUCCUGAAGAAGGAAGAAUCUUUUGAUAAUUAUUGAAUUUAACUUCCAGUGACUAAAUUUUGGACCUGUUAACUUGUAAGAGGGUCAGAGCCCUUUUUUGUCCUAUUAGUUAAAUCCUCUCAGUCUAUUGGGUAGGAACAUAAUUGUGUGUCCUCAUUAUACCCAUCAGCUAGAUAAGCAAGGAUCUUUUAAGGUAGUAGUAACCUUGUGCUUUUAGAAGUGUUGGUGAUUUUUAUGAGAGGGAGUUUUCCUGAGUGUCGGUUUAUGGGUGGUCUCCUCAGAUACUAACUAGGGCAGCUUUUUGGGGGGUAAUCUCAGGUUUGAUGCCUGUUUCCACCAGAGUGUCAUCAUUUUUCUCAUUGAUACAGGUGGGAUUCUGGGGAAGUUUUCUUCUCCCAGAGGACGCGUGUAUGGAAAGUGAGAAUUCAAGGCAUUUGUUCUGCAUAAACAAUUCUGCCUACUGGGCAGAAACUUGGACAGUUUUUUGGAGUUCACUGAAUUGCAGUUUAGCAUGUCCUAAUUACAAGAGGCAACAGUAUUAAGCCUUUGUUAUAUUGGAUUAUUCAUAAUAGAAGCUUCUCUUCUAAAAUAGAACUAUGUUAUAAUUGAAGUGUUACCCUAAAAUUGGAUGGUUUACAAAAACCAAUGAGAGAGAUUUUACAUAUCCAUUUGUUUUUGAAGUAAGAGCUUUUAUGGUAUAAUGUUCGCUGGUAGCAGUUGCUGUAAAACAAGGGUGAGUUGUUUUGUUGAAAAGAUCCAGUCUUAGGGAAAGAUUCGUCUGUCAUUCAUGGCAGAGUGAAAAAAGUUUGUGUGGUUCUUGUCCAAAUGAUUCUGUUCUUAAAAUUCUUAAAAUCAUCAUAAAGCAUUAUCUUUUAAGGAUUUAUUUGAAGAUGCUAUUUUUCUAAAGUUGAGGAGUUUGUGUACAGGUAGAUUUCCCCAUUAAUAGGUAGUGCCUUUGUAAUACUAGCUGGUGUCAGCCGUAACGAGACUCCAGUGAGGCCGUACAGUCCCAAGUGCUUUGUGAAGAAGCAUCUUUUAGAGUCAGCUUUUCCCUCCUCACACCAUAAGGAGGUGAUGGGCUUUGAUUGAUUCGUAAAGUAUUUUGACACAGGGACUCUUGAAAAUAAUAAUUGGGCGAGUGAUUUUGUUCUUAACCUGAUUAAAGUUGCUUUUUGAAAAUCUCAUUUUAAAAUUGGAUAGGAUUGUAAUCAUGAAAACUGGAUAUUUGUAUAUACCUGCCCAUGUUCUCUUAAAAAGUAUUUCAUACACAGAUGAUGACGACCAAACCAAUGGCUGCACUAUAAGUCUGCUUCUUGCUUGUACUUGUUCUGCUUCUGUUUAUGUUGUAGAAAAUGAAAUUCUAGCAACAUGCUUCAAUUGUGUUAUCUUUUUGAUACUUAUAAAAAUGUAUUAGAUUUUACUAUAUUGUGCUUUUCAAAGCCAUAACUCUUAAGAACUUUGUUUUUGCAUUUGUUUGCUAAUACUUUAUUUUAAUAAACCUCAAAACCUGCUAAA